UGAAAAGUCGUCGCGAGUGGUUGUUUUUCUCAAGAAAUAAACGUGUUACAACAAGUAUAUUGAAUCGGUGGAAAAACGUCUAAAGAAUUAACGUGCGGUACAGUAGUACACAAAUUUGGAGGGAAGAGGAAGCCUUGCACAUUUUUUGGGAAUUUUCCAUCUACAACGCAGCUGCGUCAAUUCAUAUAUACGCUAUAUUGCUGACUUCACUUUUUGGACUUGUACAGUUCAUACAGUUGGACCAUCUACUUUGUGCUUGUUGUGGGAAAAUCGAAAAUGGUGCUGACGAACUUUGAGUGCUGGGCACAUGGUGGCGGCGCAGUUAUUGGUAAUGAUGAAUUGCCGGUCAAUUCUCGGCACAUGGACAUGUUUAAUCCACGUGUGGUGCAGCAACGCUUGAACCCCGUCGAUAUAGGCACAUCGCCUGUGUCACACAUUUCCUCCAACGGUUAUUAUGGAUUCUCCUAUGUGAAUGCAGCCCAUGAACUAGGUAACAACCAUCAGCACAACGGCAUUACACACGACGCCAAUAAUACGAAUAUUAAUUAUAACAACAAUAAUAACACAAGUGUGCCAAAUGCAAAUGAUGUCAAUGGCAUGCUGCCGAUGAUGCACACGGACAUGGAUGUUGGCGCUGCAACCGCUGGCGCAGCUGCUGAUCUAGUUGCCACACAGCGCCGCAAGAAGCGCUACUUUGUGAGCGACGAUGAUUACGCCAACUGUGCAUUGCUCAACGGUUGCGACAGCGGCGUUGGCGUACGGGACGUCGCAGUUGCCGGUUUGGAUGGUUGCGCUCCCAAGCGCUGCCGCUACGACGAUGACUAUGCUGCCGCGCAGUAUUGUAAUGAUUUCUUCUCGCUCCCCUCUACACAAAUUGGCACACAGUCUUGUCUAAUGGAUACUGAGGACAUACAACAGCAACAGCAACCACAGGUAGAUGUCAAUAACGGCGCAGCAAAUCUCACCAAUCAAACCACCAAUACAACAACAAAAAAAUGUCAACAAGCCAUAAAUUGUGGCAUUAAUUUAAACAUAUAUCACAACAAUAAUAAUAAUGUAAUUAACGAAUAUAACAACAAACUCUUUUACAAUAACCAACGACGUUUGGGUAGCGGGAAGAGAGGAAGUGUUGACAAAAGUUGUGAAAACAGCAGUACUGAAGAUAUGCUACACGAUCAUGUUGUCGGUGUUAAAGCGAACAAUACAUAUUUAAGACAGCAAGCAAAGUUUCCUGCAUUUGCUGCUGAUUGCAUUGGUGGUAAGAGUGCUGCAGUGGAAGCAGCAGCUGGAAGCAGCAACGAGGAUAAUUCCGUCUUAGCUGCGUUGUAUAACAAAACACACGGCGGCGCAUUUUAUCACUUUACAGUAAGCAGCAACGACAAACAACCGUAUGUUGAGGAUAUUUGAGCAGAAUGUUAUAGUAUGAGAAGCGACGCGUUAAUGAACCCGACUAGCUCCUUAUAGCCAAAUCAAAAAAAGUAAUAAAACUAAAAACGAAUGUUUGCUUAUGCAUGUGUCUAAAUAUAAGUACGAUUUUUUUGUGUAUCAGUGAGAGAUACAUAUUAUAGCACGAAUUUAACAGUUUCUAAAAUUAUGCAUUAAGUUUGAGUUCAAAAGUUAGCCAAGGGCAACAGCGCAGUGAAAAAAAAUAAAGGAAUAUAGUAAGAAUGAAACUUGAAAUUGUGUGCGAGCGUGUGAAUGAGACGCCUUGAAUACGAAUGGGUGAUAAGAAAUAAAAUUGUGCACAAAUAAAAGUUAUGCAUGCAAAGAAAUAUUGGAAUAAUAAAUGAAUUAAAUCAAAAUAUUUGUAAAUCGAAUUGUAUUUCAAUAUAUUAACCACCUAAUUAUGCAUAUGCGUACGUGUAUACUCGCAGGAAACCAUAUCACGAAAUAAAAACCGAAAAAACCACUAACUUUUUAAACUAUUAUAUUAAAAUAAAAAUAAAUAAUAUACAUAACUACGUUUACCCUAUUUACAAUGAAGCAUGCUACUUGUCGUUAGUAUUAACAAGUGAACGCUUAGUAAACUACUAUUAGUUGAAUUUAAGUUUACUUAACUUUAUAAGCUAAUUGAAAUUGUAUGAAGAAGGCAAUUAUUUAUGGAAUUGAAGAAUUUGUCUAAAUUGUAAUAAGUAUGGUAUGAGGAAUUGAAAUCAAAUAAAUUGAAGAAAUACAUUGAACACAGUAUGCAGCACAUAAUACAGAAUA